UACGACGAAUGUGAACUAGGAGGAGAAUUCUGGAUCGAAAAGACGACGAUUAGGACGAUAAGAAACGGUCUUGUGAUGGUUCUCUUUUGGUGUUUUAGAUGGAGAGUUAUCAAGGACCUCCGUACAGACGGUAGAUACACACUACUGCAGUGCAAUUACUCAGUGGCUACGUGUACCUGCUUGCGGGGAACGCCAUAUCAGAUGUACCUGGUGCUGGGGGUUCGGUGCCAUCAACAUGAGGUGCAUGUAGCAUUUUGCAGUGGGAUUGGAUAGCGGCUGCAUUAGCGAUUGGCCGGGAUGUGGAAUGGAUGCCGGGCAAGAGAGUCUGAGGGAGGUGAGGGGCCCAUGUAAGAGGAGAAAAAAUAAUAGCUCGAGCAGAGGGGGAGAAGGGGAGGAAAAAAAGCAACGAAAUAAUGACAUAAAAUAAAUUGCAUUAAAAUAAUAAAAAUCAAAUCAAAUAAAUCAAUACAUUGAAUAAAUACCCCCAACCAGCUUCAGACGCAGUCCCGCAAACCCCGACAAAUUGAGAGCCUCGAAAAGCUACUGGAGCGCUGCAAAGAGCCUCCAGCUCUCCACGGGAAGGGCCGCCCUUCUAUAUAAAGAGCCCGGCGAGACCCGAGUUCAAUUUCCAGCGCCCUGAUUCAGAACCUGGGAACCUCGACCGCAGCGGCCUCUCUAGCGAUUGGAUUUUUUUUGAUUUUUUUGAUUUUUUUGAUUUUUUUGAUUUUUUUUUUUUUUUUUUUUUUUUUUUUAGCGCACUCGAGCCCGUGCCGUUUUACAGUGACAUACCGUUUUAGUGGCCGUGCUCAACUUGUCUUUUUUUGCGAUUUGCGUCCAGCCGUUUUAGCGGUUUCCCAUUUCCCUUUCGGUGCCUGAGACAAAAGUGGCUUAUCUGGAACCCCAGAAUUUCAAUCCCUUCCAAAAACACCAAAUUCCCACGUUGCGUGUCACCGAAAAGCAAGUCUUUUCCAAUUUCUCUUCUUCUUGUUUAGACCCUGGUCUUACUCUUUUUUUUUUCUGUCUCUGCCUCCCUUCGAGAGAGAAGCAGGCCAUCCGGUCGUUUCCUCUCUUCUCCCCCCUUCCUUUUCUCUUUUCUCUUUUCCCGCCUCGCUAGAAUUCAUCAUCCUUUUCUUUUUCUUAUUAUUGAAAGCCACUUUUGCCAUCCCUCACAUACUCUGUUCAUCACACCUUUCUCCACCGCAAUUCCCUCCGAGGCUUCGCUUGUGGGCUUUUUUUUUUUUUUUUUUUUUGCCUGUUGUCCGAAGGGCGGGCCAAGAGCAGCAGGCCGAAGACCGAGAUAGCUACGACGUUGGGAGGCAUAUAUUGAUGGUGUCCUUCUCUUAUUCACACUUGCUUGGAGAGAGGCCUGUCUGUAGCGCAUAGGGACUCCCUGCACCUGUGCUUGUUGUCCCCUCGUCACCAUUACAAACACACAACAGCACAUAUCCAUACACGCAAACACAUGCUCUGUAUAUAAUCACACAGACUUACUUGCCUCACACACGGCCAUGUCUUCCCACAACAUGAAGAGAAAGGCGUCGCACAGCGACCCCGGCAACGCUGAUCCUCUGCCCCAUCCCGGCCGCGGCGAUGCCUCGUCCAAGCGGCAGCGCCUCGCCAAGCCCGCGUGCGACGUCACCCGAGGCGUGUCCGACGAGCUGCUGCUGCGCAUCUUCUCCUAUGCCGACGAGCAGACGCUGCUGCACCUGGCGGCCGUGUCGCGGCAGUUCUACAGAGUCUCGUCUGAUCCGCAGCUGUGGCGCCAGCACUACUACCGCAGGUUCAUCCUGCCGCGCGCCAACCGCAUUCCGGGCCUCAAGGUCGCCAACCGCUCGUACGCCCGCGUCCCCAGCAUACGCGAGGCUCCCGGCCAGGGGCAGGGACAGAAGCAGCAAGAGAGCCGAGGCCUGGUCUCAGCCUCAGCGUCUGUGGGGGCCGAAUCGGGACCGGGCAGCAGCAGCAGCAGCAUCGCCAACCGCAGCAGCCUCGGCGUGUCGUCGUCGUUGGCCGAAGCUGAGGCAGCCGAGUUUGAAAUCGACUCCAUCAAGCCGCCCUUUAGUCCGGUAGACCCGUCGGGCAAGGCACGGGAAGCCUCAGACGUCGACUGGAAGCAGCAGUACAGGCUGCGGCACAACUGGGCCCGCGGCCUCUGCGAGGUGCGCCACGUCCAGGUCAGUCCCGUCAACUUUGCCUUGACGCCCAUCGAGGAGCGCCGCACGCUGGUCAAGGUCGUGGAUGGCCUCGCCGUGACGGUGGACAUGCAGGCCGGGCUGCGCGCCUGGGACUUGCGCACUCAGGAGUCUAUUGCGCAGACAACCACCGAGACGGACGAUGGCAUCUGUCUGGUGCCCACGGCGCUGGCCCUGGACGGGGGGAGGCUCUCUGCCGAUGUGCUGGACAUUAUGCUUGGCUUCAACGACGGCACCUUUGGCAUCUGGCGCCUGAUUGUCUCUGAGGGGCGGUUGUCUGUCUUGUACCGCCAGGACAAGAGCUAUGUGGGCAGACUUGUAUCGGUUGCCUACUCGUAUCCUUAUGCCCUGACGGCUGCAGAACUGGGCUUUAUCUCGCUGUAUUCAUUUGAGCGGCCCAGAGCAGAGCCCGAGACUGAGUUGGCCUCUGCUGCAGCUGACGCAGGUGCUUCUUCUGUGUCUGUUGAAGAGGCUGCCAAACAUCAUGGCGGCAAUGAAGAUGGCGAUGCAGCCGAAGAAGAACAGCCAUCCAUAUUCCAGGUGUACGGCGAGGUUGUCAAGAGCAGAACUCUCGCUCACCCGCAGGUGCUCUCGUCGCUCAAGUCUGAUUACUCGCGACAGCCUCUCGUCCUGUCUCUCCGCAAGCUCAAGUCGUCGGCCGUUGCCUCCAUCGCCUACUCCUUCGACACUGCUGGUGGCUGGGCCAUUGGCAUCCAGAACUUUGACAUUCGGCCUUCGGGCAGCUCCAAGCCCGAUGUCAUCACGUCUCGCGUUGCCUACACGCUGCCUGCCGAGACUGGCCACUUUGUCACCUCGACCCAGUACCGGCCAAAGUGCCCUACCUGCUCCAACUUUCCAGAUCUGUUCCUGGAUGACGACGAGGGUGGACCGGCCAAGCUCUGCUACAGCCAUCCGUAUCUCCUUGCCACCAUGCACGACAACACCCUUGUGCUCUUUGUUGUCACUGCCACGGAAAAGUCGUUUGCCAUUUCCAAUGCCAUGAAGCUCUAUGGCCACACUUCGGGCAUUGCAGACGCCGACAUCACCCCGGCGGGCACGGCUGUCAGCGUCAGUGAGCGUGGCGAUGAGAUUAGAGUCUGGGAUCUGGAUGGGCACCACGAUAGCGCGAGUGUCGAGGUCAGGCCCCGGGUGAAUAGGAGCUCUGGCGAUGCCCAAGACGCUGCCGCAUCAGAGGAUGCCGAACCGAGGCGAAACUGGGUUGGGACUGACAACCAGAGGGUGACUGUUCUUCGACAGACGUCGGACGGGAGGGAGAGCUUGGUCACGUAUGAUUUCACUUGAAUCUUGACAUGUUGAGGGAACAGAUUAAAAUGGCAUGUAUAGCCUUGGAUGGGUUGAAAAAAAGGAAUGAUUUUUUUAUUUUAUUUGGAUGGGUGAUUUGGAUGCGAUUAAGAUGGCAAAUGCAUUUUGGUUUGGGAAUAUUUGGCAGGCGAGCUCGUUUUAGCUAUUUACAGAGGUAUUCCAUCUUUUCAUAAAUCUGGCAGUGUUCUUAUUUCUUUGGUAUCUAUUGAAGACUGCAUUCAUCGCGUGAUGAGGGAUGGUGCUACUGCAGUGAGGAAACUCAUGAAUUCUGUUGUAGUCUUCUUUCUUUGAAUGUGGUUUCUCAAAUGCAAUAAGACAUAUUUUUAGUGUCUUGUCCCAAUCUAUUUUGAAGUUUUGUCUUCAUCCAUCGUCAGACCUGCCUUCUCUCAACACAUGCGACGUCUCAAGCCAAUAACGAACAUGUCAUUUUCAAAUCUCAUCUCCUAGAUGUUUAUUUUUACGCAUGUUUGCCGGCCUCCGCGCACGGCCGUCGGAUGAAAUCCCGUUCGAUGCAACAAUAAGCAUUCUAGAUUUUGCCUUUGCUUACCCUCAAACACAAUAGAGAACCAGCCGGCUGUCGCUCGUUUUGCAUCCCUGCUAGACGUGCCGCGGCGCCCCGAUGCGACUCUGUAGAUUGAUACGCGACAAGCUUAUGAAACAUGAGUGUACCCUGCUGUAAAGAAAUUGGCGGGGGUUUAAAUUCAUGGUGGGAAACAUUUGACGUGAGAGGGAGGGGGCAGGAGCUGAAAGAGAGCUCGCAUGUAUUACUGCUGUUGGCGGUGGCUAGCAUUGGAUAGCAAGGGUAUGCAUUCCUUUGGAAUGCUAUUUUGUGAGCGUGAGAA